AUGCGAGAUGAUAAGUGGAGACAUGCGAUGAGUGAAGAAAUCAAUGCUCAAAUACGUCGUCAUACAUUCAACCUGGUACAAAGCGAGGUUAGUAGCACGCGGUUUCAACCAACAAUAUGGCCUGGAUUACUCGGAGACGUUCAGUCCAGUUGUCAACUUGAUGUGAAAAAUGCCUUCCUUCAUGGCAUGCUCAAUGAAGAGGUCUAUGUUAUGCAGCCUCCGAGAUUUAUUGAUAAAUACCGUCCACACCAUGUCUGUCGACUCAACAAGUCCUUGUAUGGACUCAAACAAGCACCGCGGGCAUGUGACCUCGGCAACAGGCUAGAGCUCAUUCACGGCUUCAUUGAUGCACUUGCUCGUUGGUUCUCUCUGAAGACGCCCACAUACGUUCACUAUUUCCUUGGUAUUGAAGCUACUCGCACAUCACAAGGCUUACAUCUUAUGCAAAAGUGGUACAUCAUUGAUCUCUUAGCUAAAACCAAUAUGUUGCACUGCAAGCCUGUCACUACACCCUUGUCACCACAUCCACCGUUGACACCUACUUCCGGAGAACCGUUUGAUAAUCCAGCUCAGUAUCGCAUGGUGGUCGACAGUCUUCAAUAUCUGUCUUUCACGCGUCCUGAUCUUGCAUUUGGAGUUAACUGUUUAUCUCAGUUCAUGCAUGCACCCACUGUUUUACACUGGCAGGCCGUCAAACGUGUACUACGCUAUCUUGCUGGUACCGUCACACAUGGUCUCCUUCUUCAUCCGGGUACUCCUUUGAUGUUACAUGCGUAUUUAGAUGCGACGUGGGGUGGUGAUCAGUCAGACAUGAUCUCUACGAAUGCAUAUAUUGCUUAUCUCGGCACCACUCCUAUUGCAUGGUGUUCCAAGAAACAGCGUGGCGUUACUCGAUCCUCCACCGAAUCCGAAUACAGAGCUGUCGCUAAUGCCACUUUGGAAAUAAUGUGGAUAUGCUCUUUACUCACUGAGCUUGGAGUUCGCUUGCCCACUCCGCCUGUCAUCUACUGUGACAACAUGAGUGCUACUUACCUUUGUGCAAAUCCAGUGUUCCACUCCCGCAUGAAACACAUCGCCAUUGAUUUCCAUUUUGUUCGAGAGCAAGUAAAGUCAGGAGCUUUACCGGUGGUCCAUAUCUCUACGGACGAUCAACUAGCGGAUGCAUUGACGAAACCACUUCCUCGUCCGUGUUUUGUUCAGCUUUUCAACAAGAUUGGAGUGACUCAUGCCCCUCCAUCUUGA